AUGCCGCGUCUGCCGCCCUCUUUGCUCACCACGGUGGCUCGGGAAAGCCCCCUGCUGUCGUUGCUACUCAAGGAGUGCCGCACCCUCGAAUCGGCCCGCAACGAGCUGCGCUGGUUACGGGAGCGCGCCCUUCGCGAUGGCCCGGCCCCCGGAUGGGCCACGCGGCUGAGGUCCAUGUGUCGGGCGCGAUCGAAAGGAUUCCCGCUGCAGUAUGUUCUCGGCGACCAGCCAUUCGGCGACCUAGACAUCCUGCUCGAAACUGAGGCCUAUACCUUCCAGGCGGCCAAGUUGAUCCGCCGGGCUACAGAGACUUCGAGGACCAAGUCUCUAAGCAUUCUCGAUCUCUGCACCGGAACAGGCUGCAUCGCCCUGCUGCUGCAUGCGCUUCUGGCACCCCAUGUCGAACAAUUACGGGUUAUAGGCAUCGACAUCUGUCCCAUGGCGUUGCAGCUCGCACGCAGGAACCUGACCCAUAAUCUUGAACGCGGCCUCUUGACCGACCGUGCAUCUGCAGACGUGCAGUUCCGCCUCGCGGAUGUGCUCGGGGAUGGUGAGCAUGGCCUCCCGGCGGUCGAGGCCGUGUUAUUCGACCAAGGCCUGCCUGCAUGCGACCUACUUGUCUCAAAUCCACCCUAUGUCUCCCAUUCUGAUUUUCGGAAUGGCACAACGGCGCGAAGCGUUCGGCACUUUGAGCCCAAACUGGCAUUAGUACCGCCCGCCCGUCGUGGUCAGGUCUCUGAUUCGGGUCGACCAGAGGACGUCUUCUAUGGUCGAAUCAUCACUCUAUCCCGAAAGCUCCGAGCCCGAAUCACGGUCCUCGAGUGUGGUGAUCUGAUGCAAGCGCGUCGAGUGGUUGCGAUCCAUGAAUCGGUGAGUGCAGAGGAUUCGGAGGACUUCUCUGUGGAGAUAUGGCCGAGUGGUCAACGGGACCUGGAAGAAAAUGGCUUCCAUGCUCAUGAUGGCUCCCGGUGUGUGAUCAUCCAAAGAUGUGGUAAAGAUCUUUGCAGUCGACCGGACUGA